GCGGCCGUGCGAGCUCCCGCCCUCGCAGCUCUCCUCGCCGGCCGGCGGUCUAGGCGACCGUGCUCGGCUCGCGCGGCCCACGACCGCGCCCGGGCCUCGGCCCGCUAGGGCGCCCGCGCGGAUCGGCCGGGCCUCGCAGGCGAUGGCGGCCGCGGCGGCGCUCUCGGGCGCGGGCGCCCCUCCCGCGGGCGGCGGGGCCGGGGGCGGCGGAUCCCCGCCGGGCGGCUGGGCCGUGGCGCGGCUCGAAGGCCGGGAGUUCGAGUACCUCAUGAAGAAGCGUUCGGUGACCAUCGGGCGCAACUCGUCGCAGGGCUCGGUAGAUGUGAGCAUGGGUCAUUCGAGCUUCAUCUCGCGGCGCCACCUGGAGAUCUUCACGCCCCCGGGUGGCGGCCAUAGCGCUGCCUCCCCGGAACCCGCGCAGCCCCGGCCGGACGCGGGCGGCGACUUCUACCUGCGCUGUCUCGGCAAGAACGGCGUGUUCGUGGACGGGGUGUUCCAGCGGCGCGGGGCGCCGCCGCUGCAGCUGCCGCGCGUGUGCACUUUCAGGUUUCCGAGCACAAAUAUCAAGAUAACAUUCACAGCCCUGUCCAGCGAGAAGAGAGAGAAGCAAGAAGCCCCAGCGUCUCCGGUGAAGCCUGUGCAGCCACACAUCUCACCCCUGACCAUCAGCAUUCCAGACACCAUGGCCCACCUCAUCAGCCCCCUUCCCUCCCCAACGGGGACCAUCAGUGCUGCAAACUCCUGCCCAUCCAGUCCCCGGGGAGCAGGAUCUUCAGGGUACAAAAUGGGCCGUGUGAUACCAUCUGACCUCAAUUUAAUGGCUGACACUUCACAGCCAGAAAAUGAAAAGGAAGCUUCAGGUGGAGACAGCCCAAAGGAUGACUCAAAGCCACCUUACUCCUAUGCACAGUUGAUAGUACAAGCAAUUACAAUGGCUCCUGAUAAGCAGCUCACCCUCAAUGGAAUUUAUACACACAUCACUAAAAACUAUCCGUACUACAGGACUGCAGACAAGGGCUGGCAGAAUUCAAUUCGCCACAAUCUCUCUCUGAACCGUUAUUUCAUCAAAGUGCCACGUUCCCAGGAAGAACCAGGCAAAGGCUCCUUCUGGAGGAUAGAUCCAGCCUCCGAGAGCAAGCUGGUAGAGCAGGCUUUUAGGAAGAGACGGCCUAGGGGCGUGCCUUGCUUUAGAACCCCCCUGGGACCGCUCUCCUCUAGGAGUGCCCCAGCCUCUCCCAACCAUGCGGGAGUGUUGUCUGCUCACUCCAGUGGCGCCCAGACCCCUGAGAGCCUGUCGAGGGAGGGCUCCCCGGCCCCCUUGGAGCCUGAGCCUGGCGCCUCACAGCCCAAACUUGCCGUCAUCCAGGAGGCGCGGUUUGCCCAAAGUGCACCAGGGUCACCUCUCUCUAGUCAGCCUGUCUUAAUCACUGUCCAACGGCAGCUACCCCCGGCCAUUAAGCCUGUCACCUACACUGUUGCAACUCCAGUGACCACAUCCACCUCUCAGCCACCUGUUGUGCAGACGGUACAUGUUGUCCAUCAGAUACCAGCAGUGUCAGUCACCAGUGUGGCUGGACUGGCCCCGGCAAACACAUACACAGUUGCUGGACAAGCUGUGGUCACUCAGGCUGCGGUGCUGGCUCCUCCUAAGGCAGAACCACAAGAGAAUGGCGACCACAGAGAAGUCAAAGUGAAAGUAGAGCCUGUCCCUGCAAUUAGCCCAGCCACACUAGGCGCUGCUAGCCGAAUCAUCCAGACAUCACAGGGCACCCCUGUUCAGACAGUGACCAUAGUACAACAGGCGCCUUUAGGUCAACACCAGCUUCCAAUAAAAACUGUAACGCAAAAUGGAACUCAUGUGGUACCAAUGCCUACAGCAGUGCACAGCCAGGUGAACAAUGCAGUGGCGAGUCCUCUCCAUAUGUUGGCAACCCAUGCAUCAGCAUCAGCAUCCCUGCCCACAAAGCGCCAGAAUGGUGACCAGGCAGAACAGCCAGAGCUCAAGCGAAUUAAAGCAGAAGAUGGCGAAAGCAUUGUCAUUGCCCUGAGUGUGGAUGCGCCACCAGCAGCUAUGAGAGAAAAGGGGAUCCAGAACUAGCUGCUGGGAGACCUUUUCUUCAGACAUCAACUUUGUGGUGCCAAAAGGAGAGGCUGCCUCUUCCUGAAGCAGGGAGCGCAUCCUCAGUGGGUAAAGGGCCUGCGGUUGGACUUCACACCUCUUAGCACUGAAAACAUGAACCCAGGUGGCCUUAAAACUCCUUAAUUUAAAGACAAGUUACACUUGAACAGACCCACAACAGCAACCCUGGUUCCAGAGGUGGUGUCUCCUACAGAGCACUCGCUGGCCUGUCAUCUGUGGGCUCAGCUUUUACUACAAGCAAGAACUCCAGGUCAUGAAGGACUGAGUCUCUUGUGCGGAUGCAGCACAUGCUGCAUGUGGAUCUCUCUGACUGUCCUUUAAGGGACAGAGCCACAGCCAUCUGCUGCCCUCAUAGGACCUGAUGGCUGCGGCCGAGAGACAAGACAGUAUUUUGUUGACUACAUGUGGGAUUAGAAUACUUGGAAAUGUCCUUUCUUUACUAAAUAAUGGGGUCUUUGACAUUUCAUACCACUCCAUUUCUACUCUGGAAAUUUGAGAUUCAUUUGGGGGACAGAACGUCACUCUGUUUGUUUCUGUGGUUUGUUUUCAGCCCUUGGGAUGGUUUGCUCUAGUCUGUCCUGCCUGUGUUUGGGUUGCACUCCCUUAGGAUACCUACUUGCCCAUUUCCGUUCAGAGCAGUUACCUGAUGAAUUUGACCUACCCUGUGCCAUUGUAGAGGGUGGGUGGACUGAGGCUGCAUGGACCCAUGAGGCCAGGGGGCAUGGGGCAAGGGACCCUGGGAGUAUUCUAGCCUUCGGGCUCCACGUACCUGCUCUUGCGGGUUUUGUUGUCUGUUUCUUUAUGUUGACUUAGUCUGUGGCGUAAUUUCCACUCUAGUAAAACGAGUCUCCUACAUAUUGUGUAUGCUUAAAGCAACAGACCCCUCCCUCCUUCCCUUGGGAAACAGAUCCAGGCUUUUUUUACACCUUUGCAGACCGAGGUCAUAGAUCUCUCCCAGAACCUGGGGAGUCUUAGGGGUCAGCUCUGGCUUCUGGCAUCUGACUGGUUAUCUGCAUGGCACACUCACGACAAGAGCUGUUGGAGAGAAUGUUGCCAGUUAACUUGAGGGUCUUGGAAGUAAGACCCAGUGGCCAAGUAUCAAGCAUCCAGGCCAUUUUCUGAUUCUAAAGAGGUUUCUCUGGCUUUUCAGAAUGAAGUACCACACUAAGUCUGACUUAUGUCAUAUAAGUAAAAUUUAAGAGGGAAGGGUGAGGAAAGGUGGGAGGCCAGCAUCCUAGCCCACACUCAGGAUCACCACUCAUCUUUCCAGAGCGUUCUGGACUUAGAGCUGAGCAGCAGGCAGAGGGCGUUAGUCUCAUUGUGAGUUUUUUUGUUUUUGUUUUUUUUUUAAUAUCAUCAUAACGUUAUUUA